AUGUCGAGGAAUGACGAUACACGGAAGCUAAUAAGGGAUAGUGUCAACUCUUUGAAGCGGGUGGUGGAAACAGACACGGAGAUUUCGCUUAUCGACAUCAAGCUCAUGGAGAACUUGAACCGGAAACAGAGCUUGAAAUAUAUCGAAUUGAAGGAGAGAUACGUGGCCUUGGACAAGGAUUCGGAAGCCAUUGAACAUUUGAACGCUGAAAUCGCGGAGUAUGCAAUCAAACUAGACGCCUUGGAGGCGUAUACUGACACAUUGGAAGUGCUCGCGAAUGAAUUGAACGAGUGGAGCCAGGAGUUGGAGGUGAAGCUCAAGCGGCACGAGGCUGAAAGGCUGAAGCCACAAUAG